UCCGGACCCCCAGGGGGGCGGCCCCGGUGUCUCCCCGUCUGCCGCGGCCCCUGCGGCUCGCCAUGGCCCCCGGCCCGCGCUAGAGCCCGCCCGGAGCCGGUUCCGCCCCCGCCCCGCCCCGCCUCGCGGUGACCCGGCCGCUGGCAGCGGGCUGGGAUAACGCGCGGUUGUAACGGCCCCGCCCCAGGCAGCGUGUUUCACACCUUCGUGUCUGUGCGUUUCCUGCUCACAGGGCGGCGCGCGGAGCCUCUGCGAGGGAAAUGACCGGGCGAGCGCGGGUCCGAGCGCGGGGACAGGCCCUCACCGGCUCCCCCGGCAGCGGGGGGCAGCCGGGCUCCCCACGGCGGCCGGAUUGUUCUAGAAGUGAUGAGCCGAUGGCUGUUAGGACUCCGCAAUCUGAGAAAGAAGCCUCAACUUCCUGUGGCCACAGGGAAACAACAAAACUUACUCAGCGAUAUGGCCUUUCUGCUGGGGUUUCUGGAUGCACACUGCUGGAGAGAGGGGGAAAGACCCGAUGUAACUUUCAAGAUUUGGGAGUAAAUACUAGAGAGACAAUGGCACACGUGAAAGACUGUAAAACAGGCUUCAGUGGAAUUCCAGUGAAAGUGGUCACAAAUCUAUAUAGCUUAGGCUUGCCCAGGGAAUGGCAGCUUUACCAAUACCAUGUAACAUUUAAUCCAGAGUUGGAAUCAAAGCGCCUGCGCCUUGCUUUGCUUUACAGCCAUACCGAACUUCUUGGAAAAGCCAAAGCAUUUGAUGGAGCUAUCCUUUUUCUUUCUCAAAAGCUGGAAAAUCAGGUUACAGAAUUAGUGAGUGUAACAAAAAGAGGUGAGACUGUAAAUAUCACCAUUACACUAACAAAUCAGUUAGUAUCAAGUUCCCCUGUGUGCAUUCAGUUUUUCAAUAUCAUCCUAAAAAAGGUUUUGAAAAAGCUGUCCAUGUACCAAGUUGGGCGGAACUUCUACAGUCCAUCAGACCCAGUGGAAAUUCCCCAGCACAAACUGACUCUUUGGCCAGGAUUUGCUGUUUCCAUUACACAGUUUGAGAACAGAGUGAUGUUAAGUGCUGACGUGAGCCAUAAAGUCCUUCGCAGUGAGACUGUUCUGGAAUUCAUGACAAGUCUGUAUACCAGGAUUGACAACGCAUGCUUCAUACAAACAUGUGAAAAGGAGCUGGUAGGGCUUAUUGUGCUUACAAGAUAUAACAAUAAAACCUACCGUAUUGAUGAUAUCGACUGGUGUGUGAAGCCAACUGACACAUUUCCAAAACGUGAUGGCACUGAAAUCUCUUAUGUUGAUUAUUAUAAGCAGCAGUAUGAUAUAGUCCUGACUGACCUAAAUCAGCCUAUGCUGGUUAGCAGAUUGAAAAGUAAGCAGAAUAGCACUGUUGAACCACGUGUUGUCCACCUGAUCCCUGAGCUGUGCUAUCUAACAGGUUUGACCAGCCAGGCAAUUUCUGACUUCCGUCUGAUGAAGGAUCUGGCUCAAGAAAUGCAUCUGAAUCCUGAGCAAAGACAGCAAAGGCUGUCUCAGCUUGCUGACAACAUUCAGAGAAUCAAAGAGGCUCGUUUAGAGUUGGAGAUGUGGGGGCUGCAGCUUGGGUGCCAAGUUUCCCUGACAGGCCGUGUUGUCCCAACUGAAAAAAUCCUAAUGCGGGAGCAGACAUGUCUGCCAAUGAGUGCUGGUGACUGGUCAAAGGAUAUGCGUAAUAUGAAGAUAAUUGGAGUGCAGCCUCUGGACAACUGGUUAAUGUUGUGCAGUAACAGAAACGGAGAACUAGCUGAGAACCUUCUGAAUUGUCUGAAAAGAGUGGGCGGUCCCAUGGGAUUUCACAUUGAAUAUCCCAGAAUAGUACAAGUACAAGAAAGCCCAAUGGCAUUCCUGCGAGCAGUGCAACAGCAUGUAAAUCCUGAAGUACAGCUGGUAAUGUGUGUACUGUCUUCCAAUCAGAAGGACUGUUAUGAUUCGAUUAAAAAGUUCCUGAGCCUUGAUCGACCUGUCCCAAGCCAAUGUGUACUAGCACGCACUCUGAACAAGCAGGGCAUGAUGAUGAGUGUCGCCACGAAAAUCGCAAUGCAGAUUAUCUGUAAACUUGGAGGGGAGCUGUGGGCAGUAGACAUCCCUCUAAAAUCACUCAUGGUGAUAGGUAUUGAUGUCAAUAAAGAUGCCCUUAACAAAGGAAGUUCAGUAGUUGGAUUUGUGGCUAGCACUAAUUCAAAAAUUACUAGGUGGGUCUCUCGCUGCAUCCUUCAGAAUACAGGGACUGAUAUCGCAGAUUGUUUAAAAGUCUGCAUGAAAGGCGCUAUCAGCAAGUGGCACAAGUAUAAUUGUGAGUUGCCUGCGCGCAUCAUAGUAUACCGUGAUGGUGUUGCAGAUGGCCAGCUGAAGAUGGUGGUGGAUUAUGAGGUCCCACAAUUACUUAGUGUCCUCACAGAAUUAACUACUAAUUACAGUCCCAAAGUGUCAGUGAUUGUGGUCAGGAAGAAAUGCAUUCCUCGAUUCUUUGCAGAGGCAAACAGAAGCCUGCAAAACCCACCUGUUGGCACUAUUGUUGACACAGAGGCUACUCGUCCUGAAUGGUAUGACUUUUACCUAAUCAGCCAACUAGCACGUCAGGGAACUGUCAAUCCCACAUACUAUAAUGUUGUGUAUGAUAACAGUGGAUUAAAACCAGAUCACAUGCAGCGCCUCACGUACAAGAUGUGCCACCUGUACUACAACUGGCCAGGUCUAAUCAGAGUGCCAGCGCCCUGUCAGUAUGCCCACAAGCUGACCUUCCUGGUGGGUCAGAGCAUUCACAGAGAGCCAAGCCUGGAACUAGCUGACAAGCUUUUCUAUUUGUGAGGAGAACAACAAUAAUAUAUCAUGAAGACAACUUUAAGAAAUACUAACAUGGCCAAAUCUGGAUAUGGUCUCACGGCUGCCAGCAUAGUGUAGCUCAAACUCAGUCUUGUAUUUGAAGGAAAACAUCUAGUUUUAGACUUAAAGAGAAAUAUCUAUUCUCUGAAUUAAGAGAACAGAGCAUCCUGAACAGAUUAAGGUACUUUACUUCAGUUAGCCCCAAUAGGAGACUUGGAGCAUACUCCCUAGUAACAUUGGAAAAUGUAGGGAUAUAUGAUAGACAUUUUGUUGAUAUAGAUACACUGUACAGCUGAUUAUUCUGUAAGCAUAUCAUUGCCGUUUAAUUUCCAGAUUGUUUGAGGAUUACUUUUUCCUUCAAAGACUCUUUUAGAAAACUGUUUGGAUAAGGUUGAC